GGUCCCCUCUCUUGAUGGUAUUGGUUUCACUAUCUGGGCUCUCCUGCCCCCCUCCUUUUAACCGAGCCGGUAUAAAUAUGGACGGUCGGUGUGACUCGUUCCUUUUUCUCCGGCUACCCUGGGGGGUCUUCGAGCAGUGCCUGCUGAUUCGUAAAACGCCGCUAUGGGUAAGGAAAAAACACACAUCAACAUCGUGGUUAUUGGUCAUGUCGACUCCGGCAAGUCCACCACUACCGGCCAUCUGAUCUACAAAUGCGGAGGCAUCGACAAGAGAACCAUUGAGAAGUUUGAGAAAGAGGCAGCUGAGAUGGGCAAGGGCUCAUUCAAGUAUGCCUGGGUGCUGGACAAACUGAAGGCUGAGCGUGAGCGUGGUAUCACUAUUGACAUCUCUCUCUGGAAAUUUGAGACCAGCAAGUACUACAUCACCAUCAUUGAUGCCCCUGGACACAGAGACUUCAUCAAGAACAUGAUCACUGGUACCUCACAGGCUGACUGUGCUGUGCUGAUUGUUGCUGCUGGUGUUGGUGAGUUUGAGGCUGGUAUCUCCAAGAAUGGACAGACCCGUGAGCACGCCCUCCUGGCUUUCACCCUGGGAGUGAAGCAGCUUAUCGUUGGAGUCAACAAGAUGGAUUCCACCGAGCCCCCUUACAGCCAGAAACGUUUUGAGGAGAUCACCAAGGAAGUCAGCGCUUACAUCAAGAAGAUUGGCUACAACCCUGCCACUGUUGCUUUUGUCCCAAUUUCUGGAUGGCACGGAGACAACAUGCUGGAGCCCAGCACAAAUAUGAGUUGGUUCAAGGGAUGGAAGGUUGAGCGUAAAGAGGGUGGUUGCAGUGGUACCACUCUCUUGGAAGCCCUGGACUCCAUCCUGCCCCCUUCCCGUCCCACAGACAAGCCCCUACGUCUCCCCCUGCAGGAUGUCUACAAGAUUGGAGGUAUCGGAACUGUCCCCGUGGGCCGUGUGGAGACUGGUGUCCUCAAGCCUGGCAUGGUUGUGACCUUUGCCCCCGUCAACGUGACCACUGAGGUCAAGUCCGUGGAGAUGCACCACGAGUCUCUCGCUGAGGCUCUGCCUGGUGAUAAUGUUGGCUUCAAUGUGAAAAACGUGUCGGUAAAGGAAGUCCGUCGUGGUAACGUGGCCGGAGACAGCAAGAACGACCCACCAAUGGAGGCUGGUAACUUCACUGCUCAGGUCAUCAUCCUGAACCACCCUGGUCAGAUCUCUCAGGGCUAUGCUCCUGUGCUGGACUGCCACACUGCUCACAUUGCAUGCAAGUUUGCUGAGCUCAAGGAGAAGAUUGACCGUCGUUCUGGCAAGAAGCUUGAGGACAACCCCAAGAGCCUUAAGUCUGGAGAUGCCGCCAUCAUCCUCAUGGUCCCUGGGAAGCCCAUGUGUGUGGAGAGCUUCUCACAGUACCCACCUCUGGGUCGUUUUGCCGUGCGUGACAUGAGGCAGACAGUUGCUGUGGGUGUAAUCAAGGCUGUUGACAAGAAAGCUGCCACCUCUGGCAAGGUAACCAAGUCUGCUCAGAAGGCCGCCAAAGCCAAAUGAACUCCCCCAUCAGCCACUCAACAAGGCAUGCUCACAGCAUCCUAUUCUGCAAUGUCUCAGAGCCUGAACUUACUUCUUAAGGACUGGUUGAUGCUGAUAAAAACCCAUCGCAAAAGCUUUCGCAGGAAAGGAGGAAAUUGUCUUUUUCUAAGCACCUUGGGAAAAAUGAUUGUGAAAAUAAAAAAUGAUCACUAACUAAAAAUGA